AGAAAAUAUCAAUAAUUAAUUUAUGUCAAAGAGGGCGUAAACCGUAACGUUGGUGGAACCGCAGAAAUCAUCAAAAUUUAGUUAAAUCUUUUACUUCAAUCGAUUAUGUUGUGAACACUUGUUUGUUUUCAAAUAGUAUUCUGUAGUGAAGAAAUAAUCGAUUAUGGGAAGCGAUCGAAAAUCGAAGAGAACAGCUUAUUCUUCGCCAUCCGAAUCUGAAGAUGAGAAGAAAAACAAGAGGAAGAGAACGGUAGAUGAUGAGGAAAAGAAGAACCGGAAAAGGGAAAAGAAAGACAAAAGGAAGGACAAGAAACAUUCCAAAGAUAAAUAUGAUAAGGAGAAGAAGUCAAAAGACAAGCACAAAAGUAAACGCAGCAAAGGUGAAGUUAAUAUGGAUUUUCAAGAAUUGUCCAGUGAUGACUAUUUUGCUAAGAAUAAUGAGUUUGCUACCUGGCUGAAAGAAGAGAAGAAUGUGUUUUUCUCUGAUCUGUUAUCAGAGUCAGCGCGGGAGUUGUUUGCAGAAUUUGUGAAAGCUUGGAACAGAGGAAAGCUUGAAUCGAAUUACUAUGAAGGCAUUGCAACUGCGCCUCGCUCAUCCCAUAACUGGAAAAUCAAAAAAUAGAUUUGAAGGAGAUGUCGUUUUGGCCCAAUCACUAUAGUAUAGACCCUUUAUUUAGAGUUUCUUUCUAACAAUAACUAACAACUUACUUGAAACUCAGUAAUUAUAGAUGUUCUUUUAUCUUAGAGGAUCAGUUGUUCAUUGCACCAAAAAGAAAAACUGUAAAGAACAGAAAACAGUUGGAGUUGGGAAAAAAAAUAGUAGGGGAUUGGGGUUAUGAUUUGCAAGAGUGAAGGAUGGGCAUAUCGCUUUCCAACAAUGUGGCCAAUCAUGUUUUAGCACUUGCCAUGUAUUUUUAGACUGAACUUGUUUUUCUAUCAGAAAUUAAAUAUACAGGCAACUACUCCCUCCAUUCCUUUUUAA